GAGAGGAAGAAACAGUCCUCCACUCUUCUGAAAACAGCCAACAGAAAAACCUCAACCGAUGAGGUCAAGCUAAAGUCUUUCUGCUCCAAACAGACUACUGAAGGUUCGUCCACCCUUAGACUUCCUGCCACCCUUUAUUUCUCCGUCGCUCGACUCGCUCAAUCUACAAACUCCACCAAGAUGCCUCCUCAGAUCCAGUCCCAGGACCAGAAUGGUCUCAGGAUCCUGCACGGCGACCUGAGUGCUCUCAGCCCAGCCAUCAGGGAGUUCGUGGACACCAACGUGACUCUGUGCCAGCCUGACUCCCUGCACAUCUGUGAUGGCUCUGAUGAGGAGAACCGCACCAUCCUGGCCCAGCUGGAAGAGCAGGGGAUGAUCAAGAAGCUCACGAAAUAUGAGAACUGCUGGUUGGCCAGGACCGACCCACGAGAUGUGGCCCGUGUGGAGAGUAAGACAGUGAUCGUGACCCGGGACCAGAAGGACACGGUCCCUUCGCCGCUGGAUGGCGGAGUCAGCCAGCUGGGCCGUUGGAUGUGCCCAGAAGAGUUCGACAAAGCCAUGGCUGAGAGGUUCCCCGGCUGCAUGAAAGGCCGCACAAUGUACGUGAUUCCGUUCAGCAUGGGCCCAGUGGGUUCCCCCCUCUCUAAGAUUGGAGUGGAGCUGACCGACUCUCCCUAUGUGGUGGCCAGUAUGAGAGUGAUGACCCGUAUGGGAAAGGCUGUUCUGACCGCUCUGGGCACGGGUGAAUUUGUCCGCUGUCUGCACUCCGUCGGCUGUCCUCUGCCCGUUAAAAAGCCCCUGGUGAACAACUGGCCCUGUAACCCCGAGCAGACAUUGAUCGCCCACAUCCCAGACCGCAGGCAGAUCAUCUCAUUCGGUAGUGGUUAUGGAGGAAACUCCUUGCUAGGAAAGAAGUGCUUCGCCCUGCGCAUUGCCUCACGUAUUGCCAAGGAGGAGGGCUGGCUGGCCGAGCACAUGCUGAUCCUUGGCGUCACAAACCCUGCUGGACAGAAGAAGUACAUGGCAGCAGCUUUCCCCAGUGCCUGCGGAAAGACAAACCUGGCCAUGCUCUGCCCCACACUGCCAGGCUGGAAGGUCGAGUGUGUAGGAGACGACAUUGCCUGGAUGAAGUUUGACAACCAAGGCAACCUGCGUGCCAUCAACCCAGAAAACGGCUUUUUCGGUGUUGCACCCGGCACCUCAGCCAAAACCAACCCCAAUGCCAUGGCAACCAUCGUCAAGAACACUGUCUUCACCAAUGUUGCAGAGACCAGUGAUGGCGGCGUGUGCUGGGAGGGAAUGGACGAGUCACUCCCCGAAGGAGUCACUGUCACUUCCUGGAAGAACAAGCCCUGGAGCUCAGAAGAUGGCGAACCCUGCGCUCACCCCAACUCUCGUUUCUGCACUCCGGCCGGUCAGUGCCCCAUCAUCGACCCACAAUGGGAAUCCCCUGAGGGAGUCCCCAUCGAGGCUAUCAUCUUCGGAGGGCGCAGACCUGAAGGUGUUCCUCUGGUCUAUGAAGCUUUCAGCUGGCAGCACGGAGUGUUUGUUGGAGCAGCCAUGAGGUCAGAGGCCACCGCUGCAGCUGAACACAGAGGCAAAGUAAUCAUGAACGACCCCUUCGCCAUGCGCCCCUUCUUCGGCUACAACUUCGGCCACUACCUCUCUCACUGGCUGAGCAUGGCUGACCGUCCCGGUGCCAAGCUCCCCAAGAUCUUCCACGUCAACUGGUUCCGCAAAAGUCCCACUGCCGGCUUCCUCUGGCCUGGUUUCGGUGACAACAUCCGCGUUUUGGACUGGAUGUUCAGGCGGAUCAAUGGCCAGGCCGGUGCCAUGCCCUCCGCCGUGGGCUACCUGCCCUGCCGUGACUCCCUGAACCUUGAGGGCCUGAAGGAGAAGGUGGACCUGGAUGAGUUGUUCUCCCUGGAUCAGGGAUUCUGGCAGCAGGAGGUGGAAGAUGUGGGGAAGUACUUCACCACGCAGGUGAAUAACGACCUGCCCAACGAGGUGGCCCGGCAGCUGGAGCUCCUGCACCAUAGAGUCAACCAGAUGUAAUGAGGAAAGACAAGAACCACGUUUAGCAUUUCUAAAGUUAGAACAGAGAUUCUAGAUCAGAAUGUUAGAAAUGAGAACAAUGCAUCAGAAAUUCUAGAAUGCAAUUCUAGUGAUUCUAGAGUUAUCCAUGAUUCUAGAACAGAAUGUUAGUAAUUCGAUAACAAUGCAUCAGAAAUUCUAGAAUGCAAUUUUAGUAAUUUUUGAUAAGACAGAAUGUGAAUAAUUCUAGAAUAUUACAUUAUUAUUAUUUUAAUGAAGAACUCAUUUUUUUGAGUGACUAUAAUUAAGGUGGACAUUUAGAAAUUCAUGAAAGAGGAACAAUUUUCCUCUGAUGUUUUUUUUUUCUGUUUGAUUCUCCUUUGUUUUGUUCUCUAGUUAUAGAAACCAUCCUCUCUCCUCAGAUUAUUAUCCUGAAAAUGCUUCUGUUAAAAUCUGGUUGAGGCGUGUUGAGAUGAAAUAUAUGAACUAGUAGGAAUAGUAGAGUUAAAAAAAAACAUUUCUCUGUGCUCAUCUGCAAUAUGUGAGCCACACAGUACCAUUCAAGACUGCUGUUUCCUUUCCAUCCAGUCACAUGCUCUUGUAGCAGUGCCGUGUUUUAAACUAUUGUUUCAGUGUAUUGUCCUAUUGUAGGACUGAAGUCUAUUUAAUGAUAACUUAUUAUGAACGCACAUAAUACUGUCAUUGCCAUAUAGAUUUGUAUGGCACGAAAAGAGUUAAUAAGUCUUAUGUUGUUUAAGCCCCCAAACAUGGGGGAAUGUAUGUUUUCUGUUCCUGUCUUUAUUAUAUGGCUUAAUUUAUUUUUAUACUGUGUUAGUUUCUCUUGACUCUGUUUUGUUGUAUUGUAAUUUUGAGCCCCCAAAUAGGGGAGACCACAAUAAAUAUAUUUA